AUACCCGUUUGAGAGCGCGACAGGGCUUACAGCGCUAACACCGGAAUUGUGAUGCGCACGAGCCCCUACUCCUCUACUCCUCUACUUCUCCAUCUUCUUCUUCUUCUUCUUCUUCUUCUUGUUCUUCUUCUUUUUGUUCAUUUUCUUGUUCUUCUUGUUCUUCUUCUGAUCCUUCCUCUUCUUUUUCUUUUUAUUCUUUGCUGGAGAUUUUAUGGAACCGGUGUGAUUGUUGUUAUUGUUGUCGCGGUGCUUGUGGCUCUCACUGCUCUGGCUGGCUGCCGUUACGCGCACCGCUCGUCUGUUGUGGCUGUGAAGGGAAACACCACAACAACGGUCACCGACACCGGCGGCAGACCUGCCUCACACCCUCUCUCUAUCUCUCUUUCCCUCCCCUCCGUGUGUGUCUGUGUGUCGGUGUUUCUCAGGAAAAAAGGAAAAAGCGCUGAAAGCCGCGGCUCUCUUCCUCCAGCCCCACUCUGACUCUGCAGAGCCAAACUGAAAAACAAUAAACGCAAAAGAUGAGUUCAUAUUUCGUCAACUCGCUCUUCUCGAAAUAUAAAAGCGGGGACUCGUUACGUCCGAACUACUACGAGUGCGGUUUCGCGCAGGACCUGGCGGGCAGCCGGCCCACCGUGGUGUACGGCCCGGGCUCCGGCGCCACCUUCCAGCACGCCCCGCAGAUCCAGGACUUCUACCACCACAGCGCCUCCACACUACCCAGCAAUCCGUACCAGCAGAGCCCCUGCGCGGUCACAUGCCACGGAGAGCCGGGCAACUUCUACGGAUACGACGCGCUACAGCGGCAGACGCUUUUCGGGGCCCAGGACGCGGAUCUGGUUCAGUACAGCGACUGUAAACUGGGUAGUGCACCGGGGCUCGGCGGAGAGGACGCAGAGGGAACCGAGCAGAGUCCGUCCCCGACGCAGCUGUUCCCCUGGAUGAGGCCGCAAGCAGCGGGCAGGAGGCGGGGCCGGCAGACUUACAGCCGUUACCAGACCCUGGAGCUUGAGAAGGAGUUCCUGUUCAACCCCUACCUGACCCGGAAGCGCCGCAUCGAGGUGUCGCAUGCGCUUGCCCUGACAGAGCGGCAGGUUAAGAUCUGGUUCCAGAACCGGAGGAUGAAGUGGAAGAAGGAGAACAACAAAGACAAGUUCCCCAGCAGCAAGAGCGAACAAGAGGCGGUGGAGAGGGAGAGGAGGGAGAAGGAGCUGCGAGACGGAAGCGGAAGUGGAGAUGGUGGCGGUGGUGAAGAAGGAGGAGGAGGUCCCGCUGUGGUGGCGGGAACGGUGGGGUCACAGGCUUCUGUGAAUGAGGAUUGCUGUGAGAAAACACACAAGCAAAUGUAGGGAGGAGAGUGUUGGGGGGGGGGUGUACAGGAGGAGGUUUUUAGUCUUAAUUGAGGCCAUUGGACUGCUCCACUGUCUCCACAAUUCAAUUGAUGGAAAGGAACUUGGGUCUUCAAAAUGGCGGCUGAUGAUGGACAGAUGAGGCCAAACGCCUCUGAAAAAAAGAAGCAAGAAAGUGAACUAAAAAAUCCAAGAGAGUGGUGCAGGAAUGAGCCCUGAAUCCUGGAAAUGAGUUAGCAUUUUAACACUUCCGGUUCCCUCAUCUCAAAGUCAAUGGAUGUUUGAACAUGUUUUUGAUUAGAUGCCUGGAAUAAGAUCUGUGGUCGUGUAAGAGAUAUUAACAUUUUGUUCUAAAACACAAAAUAUGUCAGUAAAUACUUCACUCAUAUGUCUGAAAUGUUUACAUAUCCUAAAGAACUGCAGUUGCUAACAAGUGAAUAAAUGGGACUUCUCAAUUAUCAUCAACAUUGGACGCCAUGAACCUAAUGUUUGAUAUUUACUUCUGGUUUUUGCAUUUACACUUCAAAAAUCAUAAAAGUGAUGUUAAUAUAUAGAGAUGAUCCCGCUGAACAAAUCGUUUAGGGAUCAUAAACGUGUGUUUGCCACAGAUCUUAUUUUGUCAAUAUUGUGAAAUCAGUGGAACGUUCCUGUUGAUUUUUGUCGAGGGAGCCCUUACGAUGCUACUUCCGGGUCGGCUUACAAAAAUGUGUAAUUGCUGCACCACUCUAUUAAUGAGGGCGUCAAACAAACAUAGUCUACUCUAGUGUUUAAAACAAACAAAAAAAUGAUAGCUUCCUUUCUUUGUGGAACAAUUAUCGUGGAAACAUUUCUAUAUUGUUAGAAGUUUAUCAUUAACAAUUUUAUCUUUGGCAGCUGUAUAGUUUUUAAGUUAAAAAAUGAUGGUGCACUUUUUACUGUACUUCUUCUCACUUCUAUGUUGUUGUUGUUGUUGUUGUUGUUAUGGCAAUGAUUGAUUGAUGAUGAUAAUGAUGAUGAUGACGUAGCAAUUAAUGAAAUUUCCAACAACAUGAAACUGCCUAUUUAUGCCGUUUUAGUAGGUCUCUUUUUUACACACUCUAAUUGUCGUUUUAGUUCGUUUUUGAUCGAUGGUGUUUGUUUUAUGUUGUCUUCUUUUUCUCUUUUGGGUAAAAAGCAUGCGCACAGUGCAGAAUUAAAAAAAAGAGAACAUUCAUAAAAAUAAA